AUGCAGAGACGGACCACAAUAUGGUUCCUACUUCUGUUCCAGCCAAUUCUUGUUUUCACGCAGAAUCAUUCGGAACCUUACGAAUGCAAAAUUGGAUCUGUUAAUCCGUUGGCAGUUACCAGUCUGAAUGCGUGCUACAAACUGUAUAACACUCCGAAAAGUUAUCAAGCUGCUAGAAGGCAUUGUGUAUCUCUUGGAGGUCAAUUAGCAGAUAAGAUUAAUAAAGAUGACUCAUCACUCUACUCAGCCAACGCAGAUUUGGAAGUAACCAACGGAACACAAUUCUGGGUUGGUGCUUCUAAUUUGAAGUGCAAUAUCGCUUGGGAGAAUGGUGGAGAGAUUGAAUUCAAUGAAAUGUGGGCUCCUGAUUCUCGAUAUUAUGGAGUUGCAAUUGAUAAAAUGUCCCUUGGAGGACUGUGGCAUACGAUUCCAGUGGCACAGAAAUUACCAUUUGUGUGUACAUUUCAGGGAAAAUCUAAAGAUGCACCAGCCCCAGUUCACGCAAUGAGAGCUCCAGCAAAGAAAAGACCAGCGAAACCAGAAAAGACGGAAGAAGAUGACAUCAAUGAAAGUUUGAACGCAGCAAUUGCUGAUGAGAAAAAGAAGAAAGAAGAGAGUUCCGAUAGUAAACAGGAUUCAAAAAAGGACGAAGAAGACAUCGAUGAGUCGAUGAAUGCAGCACUUUCAGAUGAGAAGAAGAAAUCGGAAGCGAUGGCUCUGUCUGCAAGUGAUAAGAAGUCAUCGAGUCAGAACGAUGAGGACAGUGAUGCAGAAGAAGCAAGUAUGUCAGCACAACAAUCAAUGAGCGGAAGUGCUGCAAUGUCUGCAUCUAUGUCUGAUUCAUCUGCAUCUUCCAACUCUAGCAGUGAUGAAUCAUUGGAUGAAGUUUAUGAUUCUGCUGAAAUUGCAAUGAGAAAAGAGAUCGGUAAAACUGUUGUUGCAAUGAAAUCACAAGAAAUGGCGUCACAAUCGGAAGAUUAUGACAAGUAUACGGAAGAAGAUUUGUUAUCAGCCGCUGCAACUCUCAUCGGAGGAUACACAGUCAACGCAAAUUGGGCAGAUUCAAGAACAACGAAUACCUCAAGUUUUGACUCUCAGACAGAUGAAGAGUCGAUGAGUAUGUCGAUUACUGUAGCUGAUCAGAUGGCAAUGGCAAUGCAGAGUGCGGAUAAGAGAGAAAGUGAAAGUUCAAGUUCUGAUUCGAUGUCAGAAUCAAGUUCAGAUCAGAUGAGUGAGCAGGCAGCAAUGACAAUGUCAGCAGCGAUGUCUGCAAGUGAGAAGAACUCGAAGAAAUCAGAGAGUAGUUCAAAGGAUGAAAGUGAAGAUAGUGCUUCGUUGAGUAUGGAACAGAAGGCAGAGGAUAGUGCAAAGAUGGCUGCAGCAUCUGCUUCUGAAUCUGCAUCUGAAAAGAAGACGAGUGACCAAGAAGAGAGUGUGGAAGAAGCAGAUGUUGCUUCAGCUGCGUCAAUUUUUGGAAAUGAAAAGAAGAAGUCGAGUGACCCAAAGCCCACAAUAAAACCACCAACGACUACGGAAGAUCCUGAUAUUGAUGAAUCUUUGAAUGCAGCUCAAGCAAAUCAACGAACAACUACAACCAUUCAACCAGAUCUAACAACAGUUUUGUCUGCUGUCAAGCCAGGAAAUGCUGUAGCAAUAGCUGCAAAGCUCACUGAAAAACAACCAGGUUGUCCUGCAGAAUGGUCACAAUUCAACACGAAUGCAUCUGCUCCGGCUUUUUGUUUUAAGAGAUUCGAAAAACCGAUGAAUUUUGAGGAUGCCCGUCUGUUCUGCGUGAGCAAGGGCGGUCAUUUGGCAUCCAUUCAUAAUGAGAGACAGUUACUUCUGCUUUCAGCCUUGCUUCACAACAAUGGACCAGAUGCACUUUCGGAUCAAACGUGGAUUGGAUUGAAUCGUAUUCAUCAGAAGUAUUAUGUUUAUGAAGAUGAUACAGCGAUGGAUUUCACUAGAUGGCUACCAGGAGCACCCAACAUCAAUGAUUGCACUGUGUUUACUGGAAAUGAACUUCCAAACUAUCCACACAAGGGAACACAAUACAAAUUUGGAGAUUUCCCAUGUGAAGAAGUACAGAAAUCAGUUCUUUGUGAAGUGACUCUUGGAAAAGAUAAGAUCAAGUCUCAACCAACUUGCGAAGAAGGAUGGAGCUAUUACUCUUUUGAUGGAACAGCGAAGAGUGGAAAGUGCUACAAGAGAGUCGAUGAGUCGAAGAAGUUCAGUGAAGCUCGUGACGUUUGUAAAAAGGAGAAUUCGUACGUGGCAUCUAUUCAGAAUGAAGGAGAAGCCAGAUUCGUGUCAGCUCUUGUUCAAACUGAUAAGAAUUAUACAGUUGAUGAACAAACAUGGAUUGGAUAUGUGAAAUAUGACAGAGAUUUCGGAUGGGAAGAUGGAAAUAAGGGAUUACAAUUUGAUCCAUGGACAGAGAAAAUGCCAAGAGAGAAGAAAUGUACUGUGUUUACUGGAAAUGAGAUCCACGACGAUUGUCGAAGUCAAUACCGAUUUGUGAGCGUCGAAUGUAACAAGACUCAGCGAUCCAUUUUAUGUUCAAAGCCACCCAUGAAAGACGGAGCUCUAUUUGUCUACAAAGAAACUGAAAACACUUCAAAGAAAGUAUGA